CCGCUGCAUCUACAAUUUUUUCCCCCCCCAGAACGCGUCUCCCGCCUUUGCUCUUCAAGCACCAUCAACGUCAAAAUUCUACCCACGCAACUUAUUUUACUCGAACAGGCCGCCGGCUUUGCACGCCGCACCCCUCACAGCGCGGCAGAGAUGGGCUAAGGGCCCAAAUCGACACUUUCCAUUUCGACCGACGCGAUGGCUACGACCACAAACGGCACCAAACCUUCAUCGCGCGAUGAGUCUUCGGACUCUAGCGGCAGCGACAGCGAAAAUGAGACCCCGACAGUCGCCACCCCGACGACGGUAGAAUGGCUCGCGACCGGUCGAUCAAAGCGGUCUACCGCCGGUAACCGCAUGAAGUCGAUGCUCGCCAACGAAGAACCCGACUCGGACCUCGAACUGCUCUUCGCCGAAGACGACAACGACGAAGGCUUCAGCGACGUCGACGAUGCCGGUUCCGACGUGCAGAUGGACUCUUCGUCCGACGACGAGGACGACCAGCAACAAGGGGACGACCUGGAGGGAGAAAAGGAGCUCGAGAAGCAGGCCAGGGAUAAGAAGCUGGCGUCGCGGAAACGCAAGGCCCAGGAAGCUAUCCCGGCCAAGUUCAGAAAAAAGGUCCGCAUCGAACAGACCGCCGCGCCCGCGCCGCGACCGAAGAAGAAGUCGGAACGAACGAGUUGGCUGCCCUCGGCGGCUGACAUGCCCAUCCGCGCCUCGCUCCGCCAGACGACGAUGCUUAGCAAAGAGCAGCUGCACCAACAGAUGAAGGAACGCGAGGCGAAGCGGUUGAAACAGGUGGCCAUCAUGGAGAAGAAGGCAAAGAAGCUCGAGGCGUCGAAGAAACCGCCCAUGACACAGGCGGAACGGCUGGCUGAGGCGGCCCUCGUGGAGAAGCGCAACGCAAAGUCUUUGAACAGAUGGGAGGUGGCCGAAAAAGCGCGAGAAGAAGAGAGGCUUGCGAAGCUCGCCGCGCUCAACAACCGAACACUCAAGGGCCCUGUGGUGACGUACUGGAGCGGCAUCGGCGAGUGGGAGCAUCAUCUGAAGCACGUUGGCAGGACCCAGAUUCUCUUUGGACGACGGAUGGACCGCCUUGCGAAGCCAGCGCCCCGACCAGUAUGUGUCAUUACCGCCCACCCCGCUCGCUACCGCGACCCUGAGACGGGUUUACCUUAUUUCAACGCCUACGCAUACCGCGAAAUCCAACGCCUCCGCCGCGGCGAGUACAAGUGGAGCAGCCUGCUCGGCGCAUGGGUCGGCAGCUGCACAUAUGCCGCUCGCGGGGUGCCAGAACGGUUCCUCAAGGGAGGUCCGCCAAGACAGCCAAAAAAGAAGGAGGUGGAAAAGGAGGAGGCCAAGGUUACAGAGACAGAGACGGCCAACGGCGCCGUCGGGGAGGGCACCGAGAAGCAGGAACCCAAUGAUGCCAAGACGACACCGCCCGCUCAGGAGGGAGUGGUGGAUGGGCCGACAACCAAGGGGGAUGCCGCGACGGUGCCUUCACCGUCACCGUCAGCGGCGCAACCGCAGGCCCAGACGCAGCAGCAGACGCAGCAGCAGACGCAGCAGCAGACGCAGCAGCAGACGCAGC